CAAAGUUCCCAACCUCCUCCGCAAAAAUCAGUUUACUUCUCAUUGACACAACACCACCACCAACAUAAAAAGGAAAAAUUUCUAUCCCAUUUCCCCAGAUUUUCCCGGGAAAAUCUCGACAACCUGGUUUGGAACCCUAAUUCUUAAUGACAGGCUAAGUUGUGAUCGACAUUCACUACGUAAAAAAAGACAGAAGGUUCUUGUCCUUACAGUACUGUAAAUAUCUGCAGAGCGGUAGGUAUAUUACAGUUGAUGGUUACAGAGUAUUUCGCUGCAGAUGCUUGGGUGACAUAAAGCCUCCAAUCAAGUAGCAUUAAAGGUUGAGCUAUACAUACACGGACGUGUUAAGUAGCAUCAGUUGUAUUGUCCUGCUCCAUGGAAUGGAGAGGGGCUUGUUGUUCUUUGUUUUUUCUUUUCAAGUUGGUCGAGUCCACAAGCGGAUUAGGGAAAGUUUGGGCAUUAACUCUGGGAGCUGAGACUGCUGUAAAUGUCAGCUGGCCAAUCUUCAUUGCAAGCAUAUUUGUGCUUCUUGCUCUUGUCCUCUCAAUGUAUCUUAUCUUUGAGCACCUAGCUGCAUAUAACCAACCAGAGGAGCAGAAGUUUCUCAUUGGACUCAUCCUGAUGGUUCCUGUUUAUUCUCUAGAAUCGUUCUUAUCUUUGUUGGAUUCCAGUGCUGCAUUUAACUGUGAAGCAAUUCGAGAUUGUUACGAAGCUUUUGCCUUGUAUUGCUUUGAGAGAUAUCUGAUAGCCUGCUUAGGUGGAGAAGAAAAUACGAUUGAAUUCAUGGAAAGUCAGACCUUAAUCACUCCCAGCUCGCCUCUUUUGGAGGAUUCACAUGCUUACGGAGUUGUUGAACAUCCUUUUCCUUUAAAUUGCUUUCUGAGGGACUGGAAUCUUGGUGCUGAUUUCUAUAAUGCUGUGAAAAUUGGCAUUGUUCAAUAUAUGAUACUGAAGUUGAUCUGUGCGCUUCUAGCAAUGACUCUUCAAGCUUUUGGGGUUUAUGGAGAAGGGAAGUUUGAAUGGAGAUAUGGGUAUCCAUAUUUGGCAGUUAUCCUUAAUUUCAGUCAGACCUGGGCCCUAUACUGCCUUGUACAGUUCUAUUCUGUAAUUAAGGACAAGUUGGCCCCAAUCAAACCACUGGCCAAGUUUCUGACAUUCAAGUCAAUUGUUUUCCUCACAUGGUGGCAAGGUGUUGCUAUUGCGUUUCUUUUCUCCAUGGGAGCCUUCAAAGGGGCUUUAGCCCAGGAGCUGAAAACACGUAUACAAGACUACAUUAUUUGCAUUGAGAUGGGUAUUGCAGCUAUUGUGCAUCUUUAUGUCUUCCCUUCUGUACCUUACAAGCGCGGAGAGAGAUGUGUUCGCAAUGUCGCUGUUAUGACUGACUAUGCCUCUCUGGGAGCUCCUCCAGAUCCGGAAGAGGUUCGGGAUUGUGAGAGGUCAACUAGGGUACGUCUUGGUCGGCAUGAUGAAAGAGAAAAACGGUUGAAUUUUCCCCAGAGUGUUCGUGAUGUGGUCUUUGGUAGCAGUGAAAUUAUUGCUGAUGACAUGAAGUAUACAGUUUCUCAUGUCGUGCAACCAGUUGAAAGGGGAAUUGCAAAAAUAAAUAGAACCUUCCAAGAGAUUUCUGAAAAUGUGAAGCGCCAUGAGGAACGCAGGAGGAGCUCCAAGGAUGACAAUUAUCUUGUUCCCUUGAAUACAUGGACAGGGGAAUUCUCUGAAGCACACGAUAACCUUCUUGAAGGGAGCGUCAGUGACAGUGGUUUGUCUGAUGGAAAGAGACCGCACACCAACCCAAAGCUUCAACAUUUAGAAUGAGAACAGGCCCGAUAAUAUUAAAAGCGAUUACAGAGUAAAAUUCUAAUUGCUUGCGAGUUCACUGGGCUUCUUGGCAGCGUUUGUUCUUGGUAAGCCGAACUCCAAAAAUUUAUCUGUGGCCUAUUUUCCCAUAAAUAAGGCAAUGUUUUGAUGAUGCUUUGUUUAUGGGGCGAACUAUUUGGUACACCAAAUCUUGGGAUUCAAUAACCGUGAAAUGUACAAAGAACAUUCUAUAGAUACUACUCUACCAUUGAUAGAAA